UUCACAACAUAGACAAUAUUUUUUUCGACCCUUGUAUGUCCCACUCGUUGUUAUUAUAUUUCAGUGGUUCUACUUUUUAGCCUAUGACUUGGGUGUAUUAAUUAGCCUUAACAUACUUAGCUGUCGCAGGUGUGAAUGGGGCUCAAAGGGUAAAGGCACUGUCUUGAGGGAGGUUAUCUUUGCCACGCGCAGGAUCUUCGGAUAGUGAGUUACACCACCAACUAUCAAAGUGCAGAAACCUGUCGCAGUGAUAGCGAGCAGUAGGCUAUUUCUUCUUAUUUCUAAAAGCGAGUUAUUCAGGGGGGCUGCUGCAUCGAUUUUACAGUUACAAAGAUAACCAACUGAAACGGGGCUUACGCCAACGGUGUAUGGAACUGCUGUAGGUAAUGAAAUGACAUACUUUCUCACUUUUUCCCCACUGCUCCUGAGCGUCCUGUUGCUACUGCUCAGUGGCAUCAUCACACCUGCAUACACAGAUGAUGUGUGUAGCUGCACCGGAAAGUCCAGGUGUCACUGUGAUGGAGUAAAAGGCAGUAAGGGUGAGCCUGGGUAUCCAGGUUAUGAUGGGUUGCCAGGAGUGGUUGGUUAUCCAGGUUCUGAAGGUAAUCCUGGACCUUUUGGCCCUAAGGGAAAUCUUGGCUUUCCUGGAUUGUCAGGACCCAAAGGCUCACGGGGUCUCUCUGGGAAACCUGGGUUCUCUGGACCACCUGGGCAGCCAGGAAUCCCAGGAAAUGAAGGACCAAUGGGGCCAUCAGGAACCCCAGGAUGCAAUGGGACGAAGGGGGACAGUGGAUACCCAGGGUUACCUGGGGUGCCGGGACCUGUUGGAUUACCAGGUGUUCAUGGAUUGCCAGGAUUUAAGGGAGACUCCUACUACUUCCCACCCGCUGCUGAGGUUGAUGGACAUCUUGGACCACAAGGGAGAGAUGGUGUCAAGGGUCAGCGAGGGUUACCUGGACGGCCGGGUCUUCCUGGGCUGGAGGGACCGAGCGGGACUCCAGGAUUACCUGGGUUAACAGGUGUACAGGGAGAGAAGGGCCAGGAAGGUCCAAGCCCUGUAAUUCCAGGCCCAAGAGGUCAAAAGGGUGACCAAGGCCCUCCCGGGAUACCUGGACAGAAGGGCAUAAAGCUGUAUGCAGAGGGACCCAAGGAACUGAAGGGGGAGCCAGGUGAUACAGGAGAGAAGGGGUGUACAGGCCAGCAUGGUCUCCCUGGGCGUCGUGGAUAUAAAGGGAACAAAGGCGACCAAGGAGAACCUGGGGCUCUGGGGAAACCUGGGAAAGAUGGGGACCCUGGGACCUAUGGAAUUCAGGGUGAGAAAGCUGAUGUGGGCUACCAGGGACCUCCUGGAACAGAAGGUUCAAUGGGUGACAAAGGUGACCGCGGACCCACAGGUCCUCCAGGGGAUUUGAUUCAGAUCAAUGGGAGAAUCAAAGGCUUGCAGGGUUUUCCUGGGCCCCUCGGACCCCCUGGCUAUAGUGGUAAUCAAGGUGUGAUUGGUUUUCCUGGAAUGAAGGGGGAACCAGGGUUGUCUUUCCCUGGUGCCCCUGGGAAUCCUGGUCCCCCUGGUUUAGCUGGGGAUAAAGGGGAGAGGGGGGAGCCUGCCCCCUACAUAAUUGGCCCCCCUGGACCCACUGGCCCCCCUGGAAACGAUGGCCCCAUAGGUGACCGUGGUCCCCCUGGAAUUCCAGAUCUGUUGAGAGGCAACCCUGGACCACCCGGUCCUAAAGGCAUCAAAGGCAUCCCAGGACAACCAGGAGAUAGAGGCGGGUUCGGAGAAACAGGUGAGAAGGGUGAUGUCUGUCGACUCUGCAUGCCCACUAAUGUGAGCCCUGGACCACCAGGACCUGCCGGAGAGCCUGGUAGGCCUGGAGAUACAGGUCGAGAUGGUGAUCCUGGAUCCAAGGGAUCUAGAGGAGUCAAAGGUCUUGGAGGUCCACCAGGUCCACAGGGUCCCUAUGGUUUACCAGGUGUGCCAGGUUCUACAGGACCCACGGGGGACAAAAGUCCCAUGUCCCCAGGAGACAGGGGGCCUGUUGGCUCACCUGGGGCUCCAGGAGUUCCUGGGAGCGAUGGGACUGACGGGGUCGCUGGAUACCCAGGACAGAAAGGCCAGCCUGGGCUAAAGGGCAACCCUGGACCUCCGGGGCCCAAGGGUGAUCGGGGCGAUGCCGGCUCUCAGGGUAUAGGUGGACGGACAGGCCAGAUGGGGACUCAGGGCCCCCCAGGUGUGGGGCCCCCAGGGGGCCCUGGACAGAAGGGCAACCUGGGAGUGCAAGGCCUGCGAGGGAGACCUGGAGAUCCAGGAGAGAAAGGCUCAGCGGGUGAGACGAUAACAACCACAGGAGACCCAGGACUGAAGGGAGAGAAGGGUCAUCAAGGCAACCCAGGACCUUCAGGGAAUCCUGGUAUAAAUGGCUAUCCUGGCUUCCCUGGCAAUUUCGGCGCCAAGGGGGAUAGAGGUCUGUCUGUCCGGGGCCCUCCUGGAAACACUGGGCCUAAAGGUGAGAAGGGCCAGCCGGGGGUUGCUGGUGCCCCAGGGAUUGGUAGUAUGGGACGACCAGGACCAUCCGGAGCUCCCGGGAUGCCAGGCCCUAAGGGUGAUUUCAGACCAGGGCUCCCAGGGCUGCCAGGUAGACCAGGCCCCCCAGGGGAGGAUGGUUCUCUGGGGCUGACUGGAGACUCUGGUCUGCCUGGGCUUGGUAGAUCGCCUGGCCUACCAGGAAGAGAUGGUCCACAGGGAGACAGAGGCAGUAAAGGUGCUGAGGGCUUGCCUGGUCUGCCUGGGGUUGCUGGGGAGUGUACUCUAGGCAUUCCAGGCACUCCGGGGGCUGUAGGUCUCAAAGGAAUCAUUGGCUUAACAGGGACCAGAGGACAGAAGGGGGUACAGGGCGAUUCAGGUCUGCCUGGCAGAGGGGCCCCAGGAUUGAUUGGGCCGUUUGGACGGCCCGGGUUUGAUGGACCCCCGGGACCUGGGGGGGCUGCCGGCCUGAAUGGAUUCAGAGGAAGAGAUGGUGUACCUGGGGUACCAGGCCUGAGAGGAGACAUGGGGCCAUCAGGAGCGUGUGGUACACCAGGACCAGACGGAGGCCCAGGACCAGGGGGACGACUUGGCCCUAAAGGUCUGAUGGGUGCUGAUGGGGUGAAGGGCCGUGUAGGAGCCAGGGGACCUGUGGGAGAUUCUGGGGCUCCUGGAGAUAUUGGAGUCACAACAUACAUCGAGGUCCCUGGGGACCCUGGGGACCCAGGACCUACAGCUCUAAGCGGCUUAACAGGUGCCAAAGGAGAUCUAGGUGUGAUAGGGCACAAUGGAGCCAGUGGCAAGGAUGGGAUUCCCGGGAGCGCCGGGCCGCAAGGUGCUGUUGGCGACCCAGGCAGAGAUGGCCAGAAAGGAAGUCCUGGUUUCAAUGGAAAUCCUGGAGUCGCAGGAGAUAUGGGUGUGCCAGGUGUAAAGGGUGAGAAAGGGGGAACAGGAGGUCGUGGAGAGCCUGGUUCAUCGGGAAGACCAGGUCCAAAUGGAGUAAAUGGAGUGAAAGGAGAGCCCAGCCUCCCUGGACCAGGAGCUAAAGGACGACAAGGAGAAAAGGGAGUGCCAGGGUUUCCAGGUUUUCCAGGAGAGAAGGGGGAGAUGGGUGUAGCAGGGAGGUUCGGAACCCUGGGGGCCAUCGGCCCCACAGGACCCAAGGGAAGAGAAGGACUACAGGGAUCACGAGGACCUCCGGGACCAGCCGGGGAGAAGGGCAUUAAUGGUCUCCCAGGCAAUGCUGGCUGUCAUGGCCAGAAUGGCCUGCAAGGGAGCCCAGGAUUGGCUGGUGACCCAGGGACUGCAGGCCCCAGAGGUUCCCAGGGUAGAGACGGCAUCCCUGGCCCAGCAGGAGAGAAAGGAGACAUGGGAGCCCCUGGCAUUGGACCAAAAGGCACAGACGGAAAGACGGGCCAAUCUGGACUUAAGGGGGAUGUGGGGAUACCUGGCCGCUUUGGCCCUCCUGGUCCCUCAGGGCUUUUGGGGGACAUUGGACCUCCAGGCCCCCCUGGUCCUAUGGGACUGUCUGGAAGUCCUGGCCGGGAUGGAAUGUGCUUUGAAGGGCUAAAAGGAGACCGUGGACAAAAUGGUGUCCCUGGACCCCAAGGUAUGCAGGGGCCACGGGGACCUCCUGGUCCACCAGGACCUGGCUUUAAAGGAGAUAAAGGGAACAAAGGUGCCAUGGGUCUCCUGGGUACGCCUGGGUACAGAGGAGACACAGGGGUACAGGGCAGACCGGGUAAUGAUGGCAGACCAGGUGGUUUGGGAGUCAAAGGGGAGAUGGGACAGUUAGGAGACAUCGGACCAAACGGUCAGAAAGGAGAUGCAGGACCUGCAGGACCUGUAGGUUGCCUUGGACAGAAAGGGCAGUCUGGAGCACCAGGGCCUAAGGGGAAAGAUGAUCUCACCAUGGUGGUACUGAUCCCCGGAGAACAGGGGCUGCCUGGUGACCUGGGGGGCAGAGGAGAGCCUGGACCCACAGGAGCUCAGGGACGCAACGGACCACCAGGACUCCCAGGUCCAAAAGGUGUCUUGGGCCUAGAUGGGCCAAUAGGACUGCCUGGAUUCCAGGCAGCCAAGGGAGACAGAGGGUUCCCUGGACCACAAGGUAUCCAAGGUGAGCAGGGGACUCCAGGAGCCAAAGGCCCCCGGGGCUCUCCAGGUCCUUACUUUGCCGGGCCAAUAGAGGACGGCUUCCUAUUCACCCGUCACAGCCAGAGGCAGAAUGUGCCCCAGUGCCCAGGGGGCAGCAACUUCAUCUACUCCGGAUACUCCCUCCUCUUCAUCAACGGCAACAACAGAGGUCAUGGCCAGGAUCUGGGUACACUGGGAAGCUGCCUGCCUCGUUUCUCUACCAUGCCCUUCUUAUUCUGCAACACGGACAGCACGUGCCGCUACGCCUCCCGUAACGACUACUCCUACUGGCUGUCCACGGAUGAGGCCAUGCCAAGCGACAUGGCCCUCAUCUCUGGUGGUUCACUGGAGAGCUAUGUCAGCAGGUGUGCAGUGUGUGAGACCAAAGCAAACAUCAUCGCUGUUCACAGUCAGACCAACCAGAUCCCUGUUUGUCCACGCGGCUGGCUCUCUCUCUGGGCUGGCUACUCUUUUGUCAUGCAAACAGGGGCUGGAGCGGAGGGCUCUGGCCAGCCCCUGGCCUCUCCGGGCUCCUGCCUAGAAGAGUUCCGGAAGAUUCCCUUCAUUGAGUGCCAUGGGCGAGGGACAUGCAACUACUACACUGACUCCUACAGUUACUGGCUGGCCUCCCUGGACCCCGAAAACAUGUUCAGUAAACCCAGGCCUCAGACAGUGAAGGGAGACUGCCCGGGUAGUAUAGUCAGUCGUUGUCAGGUCUGUAUGAAGCAGUGGCAGCGACCCUAAGAGCUAAAGAACUGAUGGGGAAUGAACUGGAGAUGCACCUCCCACUAUCAGCCACUGUAGGGCAACAACGAGACUGAUUAAUUCUUGCAUUUCAAUCAUGGUGCUUCCUGGGAGACCAAAGGAUGUCUCAGUUCUUACAAGUGCUGAUCCUCGUUUCCAUGUUUCCUCCCCUCCAGUCCUCUCCUCGCCUCACUUUGACGUUUUCAGCAAGGGAAGGACAGAAGGAGAGCGCACAAGGAAACUAGGAAAUACUAUUGAGAUGCAACCCAGUAGUGGCCUCUGCUCAAUCUGACGUAUUGUUCUCAGUUUUACGGCUUGUCUGUAUUUUGUUUGUAUUGUUGGACUGUUUUACGGUAGAUGGUCAGUGUGAUCCAGGGCUAGAUUCAAUCAGUUCAGCAUUAAGCCGUGAUAACCGACAACUGCUUAGCAUAAUCAUGCGAUGACAGAGGUGUAACUGCGUUGGAGCCGAUGGCACUAUCAAAUUAAUGUUUUUUGAUAGCUCCAAAAGUUAAUAUGUUGUCACAUGUGCUAGCAAAGCAGAGGUCCUGGGUUUAAGCCUCAGUGUGAGACAAAUCAGGAGGAAGUGGUUCUUGCUAAUCAAGCAGUGUGAUGUCAGUAGCAGUGGUGGCGUGACCCGGAUGCACAGUUGGGCUUAGGUCGACAGCUGGGGUCACUCUCUUUCAAGCGAGUUUAGAAGGGUUGAGGUUGGAAGUUUACAUGCACUUAGGAUGGAGUCAUUAAAACUUUUUUUCAACCACUCCACACAUUUCUUGUUAACAAACUAUAGUUUUGGCAUCUACUUUGUGCAUGACACAAGUAAUUUUUCCAACAAUUGUUUACAGACAGAUUAUUUCACUUAUUAUUUCAUUGUAUCACAAUUCCAGUGGGGCAGAAGUUUACAUACACUAAGUUGACAUUUCAAAAAAAUGUCAUGGCUUUAGAAGCUUCUGAUUGGCUAAUUGACACAGGUGUACCUGUGGAUGUAUUUCAAGGCCUACCUUCAAACUCAGUGCCUCUUUGCUUGAAAUCAUGGGAAAAUCUAAAUAAAUCAGCCAAGACCUCAGAAAAAAUUUGUGUAGACCUCCACAAGUCUGGUUCAUCCUUGGGAGCAAUUUCCAAACGCCUGAAUGGUACAUUCAUACGUUCAUCUGUACAAUAAUUCUGAAAAAGCUGAAAAAGCUAUCAUGAAUCCUUCAUACAUCAAAAAGUGCAAAUCAAUCCCAGAACAACAGCAAAGGACCUUGUGAAGAUCUUGGAGGAAACAGCUACAAAAGUAUCUAUAUCCACAGUAAAACAAGUCCUAUAUCGACAUAACCUGAAAGGCCGCUCAGCAAGGAAGAAGCCACUGCUCCAAAACCGCCAUAAAAAGCAAGACUACGGAUUGCAAUUGCACAUGGGGACAAAGAUCGUACUAUUUGGAGAAAUGUCCUCUUGUCUGAUGGAACAAAAAUAGCAGGAUGAAUUCUGAAGUGUUUAGGGCUAUAUUAUCUGCUCAGAUUCAGCAAAAUGCUUCAGAACUCAUUGGACGGCACUUCACAGUGCAGAUGGACAAUGACCCGAAGCAUACUGCGAAAGCAACCCAACACUUUUUUAAGUCAAAGAAGUGGAAUGUUCUGCAAUGGCCAUGUCAAUCACCUGACCUGAAUCCAUGCAUGUCACUUGCUGAAGGCAAAACACCCCAAGAACAAGCAGGAACUGGAAACAGUAAAGGCCUGGCAGAGCAUCACCACAGAAGAAACACAGCAUCUGGUGAUGUCUAUGGGUUCCAGAAUUCAGGCAACCAAGUAUUAAAACUCACAAUUUAAGUUAUGAUUGUUAGUUUGUCCAGUUACUUUUGAGCCCCUAAAAUUGGGGGGCUAUGCAUAAAAAUGCCUACACGGUUCAUACAAUAAUUUUGACAAAACCCUUAAACUAAAUAUGAAAUCAAAUCAAAUCAAAUCAAAUUUAUUUAUAUAGCCCUUCGUACAUCAGCUGAUAUCUCAAAGUGCUGUACAGAAACCCAGCCUAAAACCCCAAACAGCAAGCAAUGCAGGUGUAGAAGCACGGUGGCUAGGAAAAACUCCCUAGAAAGGCCAAUACCUAGGAAGAAACCUAGAGAGGAACCAGGCUAUGUGGGGUGGCCAGUCCUCUUCUGGCUGUGCCGGGUGGAGAUUAUAACAGAACAUGGCCAAGAUGUUCAAAUGUUCAUAAAUGACCAGCAUGGUCGAAUAAUAAUAAGGCAGAACAGUUGAAACUGGAGCAGCAGCACAGUCAGGUGGAAGUUGAAACUGGAGCAGCAGCAUGGCCAGAAAGACUACACUUAAAGCACAUAUUGAUUGUUUCCUUUCAAAUCCAUUGAGGUGGCGUACAGAGCCAAAAUGAUGCAAAUUGUGUCACUGUCACUGGGCGGCAGUGUAGCCUAGUGGUUAGAGCAUUGGACUAGUAACUUACUAGCAUUGGACUAGUAACUGAAAGGUUGCAAGUUCAAAUCCCCGAGCUGACAAGGUACAAAAUCUGUCGUUCUGCCCUUGAACAGGCAGUUAACCCACUGUUCCUAGGCUGUCAUUGAAAAUAAGAAUUUGUUCUUAACUGACUUGCCUAGUAAAAUAAAGGUAAAAUAAAAAUACCUGACUUGAUUAUAUAAAUAAUGACACUCAAAAAUCAUUCAACAAAAUAAUAAGGAUUUAUAUCAGCCUUAUCAAGGUCUGGAUUCACACUUUCCAGUGUUUGAACUUGUAAUGGCAUGGGAUGUUUACUAAUGCGACUUGGUGUCUAAUGUUGGGAGCAGCUUGUGGAUUUGACAGCUCCAAUGCAAUUACACCACCGACAUGGCCCUAAACAAAACAAAUUAUAUGCUAUGCAGUUGUUGAAUAUUGUGGGUUAAUGCUGAACUGAUUGAAUCUAGGCCCCAGUCUUUUUUAUACAUUUGAAUGGAAAGUUAACUGCCUGACAAAGUUUCUGACUGCCUGAUGACUCUUGUUGGAUGCUAUGUAACAAGGAGGAGGAAUGCUGUCUUCACACAAAAGUCAAAAAUAAUACUAAUUGUGUUGUGCAAAAGUAAACAAAAAGUACACAAAAAAAAGAUCUAAAAUAAUCCACAAUUCAUGGUGCAAAAGUGAAACAUGCUUUUAAAAAAGUGAUCAUCUUUUGCAACUUUCCCUCUUUCACAAAUAUGAAUUUCCCUCUGAAUCCAGAGAUGUUUUGCAGUGUGCAUAGCCUCUCCUUCACCUUACUGCAACUACUGCUCCAUACCUACAGCAUGCUGACUGAACACAUUUUGGCUGGGCAGAAACAACUUUUUCUCAUGACUGGAUACACAUUUGAAUGAAAAGUUAAGAUUGAAUUCCACCACUUUUAAACCUCAUAUUCAUUAUCUCCAGCACCAUACCACAUAUGUGCAAACGGCACGUUUUACGGUCUGUAGUAAAAUUAUAAGAAGAAAAGGUCCUAAGAAAGUGCCACAUGAUGAUGUCAUCAACAGUAAAAAGUAAUAAUGUUGUUGUAAAUAAUGAAUAUACGUUUAAAAAGUGGUGGAAUUCCACUUUAACUGUCAGGCCAGUUACCUGAUGGCCUGUUUGUUUGUUGAAUGUUAUGUUGUCCAUUGGGUGCUAUGAGUAUGCUAGCAAUCUGGUAGAAGAUUGGUACCUUAUUGGGGGUACCUUACCCCCAAAAGCUAAUCUUAACCAUUAGGGGGAUGAAAGAAGAUGAUCAGUCAGUUACAGAUCAGCCGUUAAGGCCAGACAGCUGAACUAGGAUCAGUUUUGAUAUCUGCAAUUGAGUUUUGAGGGAAAAGCAUUAUCAUUUCACUUAAAGCCAGCAAGUAUAAUGCACUGUCAUAAAAAAUAUAUGAUACUCUGACAAUAUCUUAGUAGCAUCUCAGUGAUCCUGAGUUAUUAACAAUAUUUUUGAGUCACAUAGAAAGAUUGAACAGAUUUAUCUGUAUAAAAGAUUGAGAGCCAAUACAUGCUUAUAAAAAGUCAUAAUGCAUUAUACCGACAUAAGUAAAGUAUUACCAAAAAAGCAUUUAGCAAUGAAACGUGUCGCUCAUAUCACUAGAUCUGAUUUCAUUAGAAGUUCUUAGUAACUUUAUCUUACAUUUGUAAACACUGUAGUUGGUUGAAUACUGCUGUAUACCCACAAUGGACAUGGAGCAAUUAUGUUGUAAUAAUCACUUUGUCAGGGAGAUAUUGAAUAAUAUGAUUAAGCAUUUGUUAACAUGCUCUCAACUUGGCCCUUUAAAAAUAUUGAGCUUAAGUGUAGUAUUUAUAUGGAGAGAUACAGUUAUCAUUAUUUCACUGUCCAUUGGCGUGUUGCAAAAAAUUCAAUUUAGACUCUUUCUAUGUAUUCUUUCCGAUGGAACCAUGGCCACUGGUGUUGAUCACUUUUAAUACCAAAGUGAGUAGGCUAUGCAUUUCCAAUUUAUCUGUACAAUAAUAUCACCUUGGUUUCCUUAUAGCUUUCCAAUGUUGUGCCUUGCCUCCAGCCUUUUAACUGACAUAGUGUACCAAGUGCUUCCUUGCUUUUCAAACAAAAUAUUGUACUGUACUUGACACAAACAUAAGCAAUUCAGAUAAAUACCCAGAAAAGUGUUGUCUUAAUGAAUUUGUGGAUACUGUUGCACUCUUUUGUAUAACCUAUGUACUUCAUUAACAUUGUGUUCCGAUGCUCAUUUCUGUGUGGUGAAUGUUGUCAGCCUUGAGUUGAAUGGUUUUCUGUUCCAGGAGGUGCUAAAUUAACACAAAGGUACAGGAAUGACUUAACUUUCUGCCAUACUACUGUGUAUAUCAUCUACUGUAUCAUCUUAAUUUAUCUCAGCCAGAAGCAUAGGGGUAUGAUAACUUAAACUGCCAUGUAUAACUGCGCAUGGAAAUUAACUCAAAGGUCGCUCUUGUUACUCUGUAUUGCAAGCAGCAGCCACAUGUAUUAAACAAAUAAGAGUUUCAGACCCCAUUGCAUGCCCAAUGGUUUUCCCUCAAUGGUUCUAAUGAACCUAAACCGUUCAGAAUGGAAUCUGCCUGGGUUCAUCACACCUGUCUGUGUGUUUUCUAUGCAUGCUUGCGUGCUGUGGUGGAAAUUAUUUCUGCAUGUGAAAGACAAGCCUGGCUUCUCCCCUCUCUGGGUACCAGGUGACUGAGCCCCGCUGAGGGAGGAAGUGCAACUGCCAACACCAGAGUCCAAAGGGAUACAUUCUAAUAACAAGCAUAUCAUAUAAGUAUAUUAUCCGGAUAAGACAUCUUAAUUAUCUAUGUUAUCUAACUAAUUCUGAUUAUUCCGCCACAGUGCGAUUGUCCGUGUGUGUGUGCGUGCAUGUGGGUCCGAUGCAAAUGUUCUGUGCCGUUGAAAUGCUGCAACCCAUAAAUGUAAUUUACAUGUCCUUUUAACAAGCCUCAAGCUCUGCUAUACCAUUAAUCAUACAGUUGUACAGUUAAUCUGUAAUUUCCAAGCUCAAUAGUGUAGUUGUAACACAGUUAGAGAAAUGUAAGUAGGCAUGACAAUAUUGAAUUGUAAUAAAUGAGUGUUCAUUUUUCGCUGCUAGUUUA